AUGAAUGGUAAAGGAGAAAGUGAUCAUAUAAGUGAUAAAAUGAUGCUGAUGGAAAGUUAUUCCUUGAAAGGGGAUAUUCCAGGUUUUUUCUCCUCGGGAGAUUCGCGUAUUCCUGGAAAUCUGGGGUUGUUCGACAUGGCAGCGGCUGUCAAGUUUGUCCAUGAGAAUGCCGAGAAUAUCGGCGGUGACGCAUCCCGAAUCACCGCCUGGGGACUGAGUGCUGGUGGUGCAGCCGUCGGUCAGCUCAUACUCAGCCCACUUACAAGAGAUUACAUUACGAGGUCCAUCGAAAUGUCGGGGUCUCCGUGGGCUGCUUGGGCGCUGGGACCAAACGUACCUAAAUACUCCUUGGAACUUGCUGAGGCACUCGAUUGUGGUGACGACCUAAAAAACUGUAUGAAGCAGAAGACCGUCGAGGAAAUCUAUGAUGCUGUCGAGAAAGAAAUGAUGAGAGAUUGA